UCUGCCCUCCGAUGGCUUGUUCUUUGUGAUGCGGUUUUCCGCAAUAAGCCACUGUGUGUAAUGCUGUGUAAUUUUAUCCAUGCUGUACUCUCAUAGUUCACACAAGACUGAUACCUUGCCUCCCUUCUCCUUUGUAUCAAUUGGUCGGAGUUCAGGCUAUUGUUGCUGGAAGGUUCUUUUAUUUCUAAGCACUGUCGAUCAACGAAAUCUCACGAUAGCCUCCCGGUGAAAUGCAGUGGCUUUUUGCAGAGGCAGUCUAUUUGGAGAGCAAAGGAGACCCAUGAUCACCACUAAGUCUAAUCCAAGCUGCUGGAAACGUGGUGGCCAUAAUCAAUGACUAUUGAUUUAGUAGAUCUGAGGAGAUAAAAGAACAGAUCGAGACAGAUAAAGCCGCCAAUGUUUCUUAGGCUGGAUCAGUGUGCUUUGCAACUAAGACUGCAGCAAGCAAGACUUCUUUAAUGGGACCCCUUAUGCCAUUUUCCCCUAUUCUACCAAGACGACUAAGUGUUCCGGCCAUGCCACAAUGGUAAUAAUUCUGAUUUUGUUGUUGCUGAGUUUCUUGGACCCCAGUGAGCAGAAUUUAUUUUCUGGCAGGCUGGCUAGGACACCAAAGCUUCCUUGUGCCACGGGCCAGUCGUGUGACCCAAGGCUGCGCAGAGAUGCUGGGGGACGCGGCGGAGUCUAUGAGCACCUCGGGGGAGCACCAAGACGCAGGAAGCUGUACUGUGCUACAAAGUAUCAUCUCCAGAUUCACCCAAACGGGAAAAUUGACGGGACUCUUGAUAAGAACAGUCCGUACAGCAUAUUAGAGAUCACUGCUGUUGACGUGGGAGUGGUGGCUAUAAAGGGGCUGUUUUCGGGCAGAUAUCUUGCCAUGAACAAAAGAGGACGCCUUUAUGCCUCGGACGCGUAUAGCGAAGAAUGCGAGUUUGUGGAAAGAAUUCACGAACUGGGGUACAACACGUACGCUUCACGCCCCUACCGGACGGUGCCAAACGCGACGUCUGGGGUAAAACGACGAGCCAGUGCUGAAAGACUAUGGUACAUGUCUAUUAACGGCAAAGGGCGACCAAGGAGAGGUUUCAAAACACGUAGAACACAAAAGUCCUCUCUGUUUCUACCCAGAGUACUUGACAAUAAGGACCACGAAAUGGUACGGUUAUUCCACACAAACGCCAAACAUAGGGAAAGCAUUCUGAAAACUUCAAACAAGAACGGACGGAGCAGACGUGGGCAUUGAACCACUCUUUUUUUUGUUAAACAACUUGAAGAAGCUAUAGACUGAUACUACAGAACUAAGUUAAUGUGACCAAAAUCAACACUGCUGGAUUUGUCUACUUUUUAUAUCAAAUGCAUUUAUUUGUAGAAGUUUUUUUUUUGUUUUGUUUUACCAUUACUAAAUAAUUAAUGUGUGUUUGUGUGUGUGUGUGUGUGUGUGCGUGCGUGCGUGCGUGCGUGCGUGCGUGCGUGUGUGUAUAUUCGUUUUUUAUAUUGUUGUGUCAAUGAUUGAACAUUUUCAUCUGUAUGUACAAAUAGAUGGCUUUUUUAGGACCAUGUAUAGACUUUUAUUCUGGUAUAGACUGAAAUAUUCUUAUGUUAUGUUAAUGUUAAGCAAAAUUAUCCAUGAAGAAUAAUCUAGUAAAUAGCGAAGCUCUUUUUCUGGAAAAAAAAAUAAAAAUAAAAAAUCGCGGAGCAAUUCCAGAGUUGUUACUUAUAAUGCGAUAGCCUACUGUGUUUAAAGAAGUCAACAAGUCAACAAGUGACUUGCUGUCUUACUAAUGUUAUUCAUAUCUAUUUAGUGCCCCCCUCCCCAAGAAGGCACCAGUCAUUUACCAGUUUAGAGAUGUGCUGAAAUAAUCGUGUUCCAUUCUUCUCAAAUGCAAGGAGUUACGCAAUACAUUAGUAGUAAUUCACCACAUUAAUGUAACAGU